AUGGGUGCUAAUUCUUCUUAGAGUGAGAAGUUUGUGCAAGAGUUCCAAAGACAAUGCGUAAAGGUGAGGGAGCUAAAAGACUUGCGUUUUGGAGAUGUUCAGAUUUACAGAACUCAACAGAAUACUUUCAUAAUGGUCAAAAGCAUCUGGUGCAACAAUUCAUCAGAAUAUGAUGCAUCCAUCAGUAAUUGUGAAAAGAGAUCUAAGAUCCAACAUUAAAAUUUAGUCAAACUCUUAGGAUAUCAUUCAAAUUCAUAAAAUUAAUGGUGUGGAGAUUUUUCAAAAAUUACUGUAUAUUUGGAAUUCUUUGACUACACUUUAGAAAAGUCCAUUGAAACAAGAAGACAAACCAAUCAAUACUUUACUGAAGCUGAGCUUUGGAAGAUGUUAUUCACUAUUGCUAAAUUGGGAAUUUAUCUUGAAGAACAAAACAAAGUUCUUGGAGACAUCAGACCUUGCAACAUUUAAUUGUCAGAUGAUUUGAAAAUGGCUGAAUUAGGCAUAUUGAAACCAGAUCAAACAGGUUAUUAAAGACAAAUUAAUAAUCAAGAAAUAGCAUAUUUAAGUCCAGAACAACUAUAUUCAAUCAACAAUCCUUCAAUUACAGCCAAAUCUGAUGUCUUUUCUUUGGGUGUCACUAUGCUAGAAUGCUCAACUCUAAUGAGUGGAAAGAAUCUCUAUAAAUCUAAUAGAAUUGAUGGCCAUUUCCUUUAACAAUUAUUAGAAACUGUGAAAUAACUUGGGUAUUCAAAUCCUUGGUACAGGAUGGUCAGAGAGUUGUUAAAGGAGUAGCCUGAUGAAAGACCUUCAUAUUAAGAUAUUUAUGAUGCCCUCAAAUAAUUCGAAGUUCAGAUUCUGAAUCUCCAACCCUUUUCCCUUUUAUACUAACAACCUCAAUUACCAUAAUAAUCAAUAUCACCAUAUCGACCAUAACAUUAAUAAUAUUCAUAAUCUUUGCCACCUCCACAUCUGUAAUAAUAAUAACCCCAAACUUAAGUUCCCAUGUAAUUUUAAUAAUUCUAACAACAAUAAUAAUAGCCAUAAUAAUAAUAGCAAAUAGUUUAACCUUAACAGAUACAGUCUUUGCCUUAAUAACCACCUUUUUAAUACCAAUAGUAAGUGCCUUCACAACAACCAAUUUUAGCAUCUUAAUUACCUUCUUAAUAGCCAUAAUAAUAAUAACCAUUGCCUUAAAAUUAAUUUCCUCCAUAACAAUCUUAUAUGUAUUCAUAUCAAUAACAACAACCUUAUUUAAAUGAAUUAGCAAAUGCUUAGUCCAAUUAUUUUGUAUAAUAACCUGUUCACCAUGUACCCUAAUAAAUAGAGUAGUCCCCAUAUCAUACAUUAUAGUCACCUUAAAAUAUGACAUCAACAAUGUAUUAUCAAGAAGAGGAGUAAGAUGAUGGAUUGAAUGAAAUUGACAGAAAGAUUUAAUAAGCAUUGAAAAUGACGAGGGAUACUGAAAUGAGAAAUAAAUAAACACCGAAUUACUAUUGA